AUGGAGUUCGCGCAGGUCGUGGGUGCCAUCACCUACGGCCAGAUCCACAAGGACUUGGUGAACGAGACCGCGCACGAUUGCGAGCGCAUGGGGUCGAAAGUCAUUCACUUCGACGUCAGACGCUUGUUGACGAAAGACCCGAGCAAGACGAUCGAACACAAGGAGAACGGUCUUCACGCACAAACCCAGAAGACGGUGAUGUCACAAGCAGGGUUCGUCGACGCGUGCAAGGACAUCGUCAUCGAGGUGGCGAACUACAAUAUCAAGGAGUGGCCGUCGGUCCUCGUCCUGGUGGAGUGCCGGCGCGGCUUUCAUCGCAGCGACACGGUGGGCCGCAUGUGCAACGCGAUGCUGAACUUCAUGCUGUCGAGGAACCAGAUCUUCAACUCGGGCGAGCAGUGCGGCAGGCGCGGGCACAUCAGCAUGCUGGAGAGCGUCAAGGCGUGGAUGGAGCCUGGGAAGGCAUGGGAGCUGGCGGAGGGCGGCGAGGUGCCUUACGCUCAGCUCUACGCGAGCCAGGCGGUCAGGGACGACCACAUGGCGUACCCAGCGUGGAAGAGCCUGUGGGACUGGGUCUACACCGAGUACCACAUGGUGCGCAUUGUCGGGCCCGUGCUGCCGCCAGGGUCGCCGCCGCGGGCCGAGAAGUCGCGCAGGGUCGGCGAGGGCGGCAAGGGCGCAGGCGGCAAGGUCUACACCAAGGGCGGCAAGGAGGCUGGCCCCGUCUACGGCAAGUCGGGGACCAGCAGUGCCUGGCGCCCAGUGCCGACGCGGGGG